GUGUUUUAUGAUACGUGCUGUGACUUUGGAAGCAGAUUCGAUACUGCAGUAUCCCAGUGGGAGGCUCCUCCCGUUUAUUCAGACCUGCCUUCUUCUAAUGAUUCUAUACGUGGAGAAAUACGGCACACGAUAGAAACUGUGAUCGACACACUCGAUUCUUCCCUACGAUCGCUCAGUCUCCAGAUUCAUAGCCACCCAGAAUUAAUGUUUGAAGAAAUAUUUGCUCACAGACUUCUGUCUGAUUACAUGGAAAGUCAUGGGUUUUCUGUGACGAGGCAUUAUCUCGGCCUCAAGACUGCUUGGAAGGCUGAAUAUACCCACGGACAGGGAGGCAGAACCCUUGGGAUUAAUUCGGAGAUGGAUGCCUUACCUGAGAUUGGGCAUGCAUGUGGCCACAACCUCAUUGCAAUCAGUGGGGUAGGUGUGGCAUUAGCCAUAAAAUCCGCAUUGGAAACCUACAACGUUCCUGGUACUGUCGUUCUUCUAGGAACCCCAGCUGAAGAAGGCGGUGGAGGAAAGAUUAUCCUGCUUGAGCGAGGAGCCUACAAAGGGAUGGAUGCUUGUUUAAUGUGUCAUCCUUCCCCUGGGCCCGAGCUAUCUUCGUUUGUGGUAUCUUCGUUGGCGAUGCAAUCUAUAGAUGCCGAAUUCUUUGGGCAAUCCGCUCAUGCUGGCAAUGCUCCAUGGGAAGGUGCCAACGCACUUGAUGCUGCGUUUUUAUCAUACUCCAGCGUCUCCGUGUUACGACAGCAGAUCAAACCUGACCACAGAGUCAACGGUGUGAUAAACGGGAGUGAGAGAGCCGCGAAUGUAAUCCCAGACUACGCCAAAAUGAGGUGGUAUGUCCGAGCGCCGACACGAGACCAGUUAACGCAACUGACUGAAAGAGUAUGCGCCUGUUUUGAGGGUGCGGCGCUGGCAACUUCCUGCCGUCUGAAGAUUACAAAGAACACGCCCUAUUACGACUUACGGCAGAAUAGCAUCCUCGCGGGUGCCUUCUCUCACACGAUAUGUCAAGAGUAUGGCAUGAACGUCGGGCAAUAUCCUUCAGGGGCAUCUACAGAUUUCGUAUUCUUGCCCUCGCUACAUCCAGCUUUUGCCAUCCCUACGCGGCCCAAUGGGGGAAACCAUUCGCCAGCAUUCACUGAUUCUGCGCGAACCACGGAAGCCCACAAAGCGUGUAUGCUUACCACUAAGGCCUUGGCGUGUACCGGCUUCCGUGUCCUGGAAGACAAUAUUUUUUUCAUCCGGGUAUGCGUGUUACCUAUCAGUUGA